CCAUUGGCCAGGACAGGAAGGGGGAGGUUCUGAUUCUUUAAACCAACUUUUCUGUGGGACUGCCUGCUUCUCUUCCCACAGAGUGCUGUGUCUGAGGCAGCGGAGCUGAAGGUACUUGAGGGACUCCCAAAUAUUUCUACCUGAAGCCGAGGCCCAAAAUCAUCUGCCACCAUGUCCAGCAAGCGUGCCAAGGGGAAGACGACCAAGAAGCGCCCCCAGAGGGCCACCUCCAAUGUGUUUGCCAUGUUUGACCAGUCUCAGAUCCAAGAGUUCAAAGAAGCCUUCAACAUGAUCGACCAGAACAGAGACGGCUUCAUCGACAAAGAGGAUCUCCAUGACAUGCUCGCCUCUUUGGGGAAAAACCCGUCGGAUGGCUACCUGGAGGACAUGAUGAGCGAAGCACCGGGACCUAUCAACUUCACCAUGUUUCUCACCAUGUUUGGAGAGAAGCUCAAUGGCACCGACCCAGAGGAUGUCAUCCGCAAUGCCUUUGCCUGCUUUGACGAGGAAGGCUCUGGCGUCAUCCACGAGGACCAUCUCCGGGAGCUCCUGACCACCAUGGGGGACCGCUUUUCGGACGAAGAUGUGGACGAGCUCUUCCGUGAGGCACCCAUUGACAAGAAGGGCAACUUCAACUACGCAGAGUUCACCCGCAUCCUCAAACAUGGCGCCAAAGACAAAGAUGAUGAAUAGAGUAGAAAGGCGAUGAGACCACACACCUGCCUCUGCACACAGACGUCACCACACGUCCAUUUCCACAUUUUAGAAGCAAUGUGUCAUUAGUUUAUAAAUGCUGUGGAAUCAUUUGCUUAUGAAAUAUUCCCUAAUAGUCUACCUUUAAGGUUACCAUGAAGACUUGCAUCUUAUCCACUGAUACCGUUGAGAUGCUAUUUACACCACCACCAGUGUGUGCAUGCAGAGAGCUGAUUGGACAAUUAGAUCCAAAAUAAACAUUUACUUCUUCCUGCCAUUUAUCUAUCAGUUACAAAAUGCACUGCAAUCUUCCUCCAUAACAUGUACACGUACAUACGAUGUGGAUCGUGAAAUAGAUUGCUACUACUUUGUUUAUUCCUUCAUGACAGGGUCAGGGAAUUUAUGGCCAUGAGGAACCGGAGAAAGAAUUGGAAGCAAUUCUAAAAACUAAGGAACUUGUAUAAAAAAGAUUAUAUCGACACAGUUAUGAUUAGAGUACAAAAUCCUUUUUCCCCCCGCAAACUAGAGUGCAGAAACUGAUGGGAAAAAGUUCCUCUCCUGCUUUGUAUGUCAGUUGAAUGUUGGGUGUGAAGUAAAGUUUUAGUUCUCUAAAGCUCUCAAGUCCCAUGCUGGUUGCAUGCAUUUGUUUGGUCAUGUGUACGUAUUGUCAAACUGCAGGGUGCAUAUUUCUCCGGUGAAUAAAGUAGGCUUAACCAUGCCUUUUGACGAUA